CGUAACUUCAAUACCAGUUGAUAAUGAACGUUUGUUUUCUACAAUGGUGAACAGCAUGUUGGCAUUUUGGGCAUAAAAUGUAAACACUGAUAACAAAAUAUUCCAUGAAUUGUCGGAUAAAAGUAUGCAUACGAUUUAAUUAGAAUCACCAGGAUCCAUCAAAUCAGGGAAUAUGAUUCAUUCAAAGCUCGUGUUGGAAGAUCGAAUGAUCAACUCGUGCGUAUUAAUUUUCUACUUAACAAGAAAACUCAAAAUGAUUCGCAUUCAGUUUUCAUAUUCAUCUGGAGUGUGAGAGGUCUACCAGGCCAGAAAUUAAGCACUACAUAUUUUGUGAUUUUAAGCAACUGAAGCUUUGGAGAGUUAUCAUGGGAAAAGAAAAAGUGCAGUACGAAAGCUUACCGGGAUACAAGUAUAAAGCUCCGUGUCUGGGUUUCUUCCUCCAAGGCGGCGUGAAAGCAUUAGCCAUCGUGGAUGUCGGUGUCGAAAUCGCUACAAUGACCGUGCUCAGCAUUGGACUUUCCGGUUUCAUUUCCGACUGGUGGUCCAUGCAUGGGCGAGGAGAAUAUGCCAAAUUUUAUUUUCGCUUCGUACACUGGACAUACAGUUACUUAUACAAUAUUAUCUGCAUCGUGUUAUCAAAGCGGCUUUUCGUAGCUGCGUCACAGCGAGAGAAGUCAGCUUUAACGACAUGGCUUAUUCUUUCAAUCUGUCUUUAUCUUCCACUCCUCUCAUUAUUCUUGGUCCACACCUUUUGGGCAAAGUGGGCUCAUACGUCAGGUGGGGCUGCCUUUGGGGUGCACGUAGCCUACAAGCUGUACCUUUUUUGGGUGGUAUUUUGCUUCAUUCGGGAAAUUAAAUACUAUUCAAGAAUCAAUUUUGCCCUGAGGAAACUUUCCGAUCAAGAUAUUGAAGAAUUUGUUUAUGGAAAUCCUGCCAUUCCGCCGGAAGAUGAGGACGAUGGUGAAAAAUUUGCCGAUAAGCCUUACAAACCGGAAUUUGAAAUUCCACUAAACCGCCUUCAAAUUGACGAUUCGAAUCCACUAGGACGAGGCGCUUUCGGUUUGGUAUUAAAAGCUCGUCUGUUUAAGGAGGAUGGUGAUCCAUUUUGUCAAAACCAAUUUGAAACUGUUGCCGUAAAAACGGUUGACAAAGAUGCAGACGACGUUUAUUUUAGGGCUCUGCUUUCCGAACUUAAAAUUUUAGUCUACAUUGGACGCCAUGAAAAUAUUGUGAACCUAAUUGGUGCAUGCACUUCAGAGCUGAAAGAACGAAAAUUGUACGUUCUAGUCGAAUUUUGUGCAUUGGGAAGUAUGCUGAAUUACAUUCGGGCAAAUAAGGGGCUGUUUGUGAAUGAGAUAUCACAAAGCAGAAAUGAAUGGGAAAGAAGCUGCUCAUCAUACAUUACGACAUCAGAAUUGUAUUCGUUUUCAACAACAGAUUUGAUCAAGUGGUCAAUGGAGACUGCUGCUGGCAUGGAAUUUCUAGCUGGCAAGAAGGUAAUUCAUGGGGAUUUGGCAGCCCGAAAUAUUUUAUUAACCAUCGAGAAAACAGUAAAGCUCGCGGAUUUCGGUUUAUCACACCAAUUGUAUCAUUACAGCUCGUACGUUGCACGAAAAGAGAAACCGAUGCCAUUUAGAUGGAUGUCGGUAGAAUCACUAACAGAGCGAAAAUUGUCAUCUCUCUCGGACGUUUGGUCGUUCGGGGUCACAAUUUGGGAGUUUUUCACUCAUGGUGCAACUCCUUUUGGAAGGUGGUCGUAUUCUGAUGAUUUUGUCGAUUUACUAAAAUCGGGAAGUCUCCGAUUGGAAAAACCAAUAUUUGCAGAUAGUAAAAUAUAUGACAAGUUGUUGCAAUGCUGGCAUCUCGAGCCGAGGUGCCGUCCAUCCUUUUCCGAGCUCAAAAUAUUCUUUUCAGAGAUUUUGAAACACAAUCAUGUUCAGACAUUGCAACCCAUGGCAUUCGUACCCCCUGUGGAAUAUGUUGCAAUUGGGAUAUUUGGCAACGAAAUGGUUUGAAUAUUUUUCAUAAAUAUUGACUGGUGAAAGAAAACCCAAUAUAUUUCUGACUGUAUAAUGUUCGUUAUUGCUCUUUGGUAAAAGUAAUCGUUUUAUAUGCAUGACAGAAAGAGAAAAGAAAGAUUACUAUUUUGAGUUUAGAGAGAGCGAGAGACUGAUGUAAUUUGUGACUCGAAAAUAUUUUCCUCAUCCGAGCUGAUAAUGUAAUACAAAUCAACUUUAUAUUACAAUUUGCUCGUUAAAGCAGUACAAAUACGUGAGAUAAGGUAAAACAGAUACACGUCGUGAUGUUACUCCUCAAAAACAUUUAUUUGAUGUGACUCAACUUAUAUAUUUUUACGCUCAAUUAAUAAAUUUUGUCGAAUAAGUCUCCACCAAAUUGAAUAAAUAUUUUGAAAAUGAGACAUAAAUAAAUCUGUCUAUUCAUCCUGCAAUGCAAGCAAAGCUGCAAUCGUGGAAUCCGCAAUGAAUGCAUCAUACUCGCAAAGAAAUUGUGCAUUCACCGGAAGUAGAUUUGUGGUCCAAACGCCCAUGAAAAUGUGAAUUGGUCGCAUUGCAGCCACUCGUCUUCCAUGCAGUUUAUGCACACCCCAGGCCACCAGAAUUGGGUCAGUCUUCCAGAGACGAAGCAUAUUUUGUGUUAUGCGCUCAUAAUAGGACACGAACUUCAGCACCGUGUUCAGAAUUAUGAUGAGAAGAACCGAGAAGAACGGACCCAUCAGGUAGAUGUUCAACGGCAACUGGUCAUGCAUAGUGACGGACAUUAUGUUUAACACGAUAAUUACCAAGGCACAGCCAACCAGCAUGAACAAGGUCGCUGACGCCUGAGGAGCCGCGACACCGGUGAUAAUUAAAAUGACUCGAUUAUACAAGACGACAAAGACGCUGAAAUUUUAUUCAUAAUUUCAUAAGUAUGAUAUUUAACAAUUAAGGUGGUAGACAUUAGUUAAAUAUAUGUUGUAUUUACAUACCUCAGUUCUUUUGGGCACGCAGAGAGCAGUUUUGUCCUCACUUUAUAAUCCUCAUCAAUGAGUCGCACACAGCGUAGCACUGUCCAAACAGACAUGACCAGCACGUAUCCACAUCCGAGAAGGAUUUACCCCGCAGAGAUUGCAGACAGGGUCAGAGUUACGAAUGAAACGAGUCGAAUACCGAAUCUGAUAGUGAAUGAUAGCCGAUGGUAUGAUAACCAAUGCAGUAAAAAGUAGACAGGGUCCAAUUUCGCGAGCAAUGCAAAAACGACCAUAGCUGGAGCCAUGUAUACAACGAACAUGGGAGCAAGACAAAGCAUAUUUACGAAUAUUUUCUUAC